AUGCAUAAUUUCGAUCCAGCUCGUCAAAGUAUACUCAUACAACUUUGUUUCGUUGAAUCCAAGCAAAAUAUUCCAUUUACAGGUAAAGUCAAAGAAGAUUUUACUGCAUUCUGUCAUGAGACAUUUAAAGAUGAUGAUAAUUAUCCACAAUAUAUUUUACAAAUUGAAAAAUUUAAUGCAAAAUAUAACCCAAAAGAUGCUAUUCGAUGGUAUACCGGGUCCAAGUCUUUCAUUUUGCGGAUAAUCAGCAAAGCAUGCACUACUCUAGAUGUUUCAGCCGUAUAUAAAAUUGGAUUUUACCUUCGUGAUGUCUAUAAACAAUUAGAACGGCUUCAUAGAGAACAGCUAGAAGAGUUAUUUGACUCUGAUAUAACGAUUUAUCGUGCUGCAAAACUAUCGAAUGACGAAUUCAAUAACUUGAAUAUCAAAGGAGCUUUAUUUGUAACGAGAAGUUUCUUGUCUACCACAAUAGACAAAGAAGUUGCAAAUGUUUUUUGUGGUAGGGGUUCAGGGAACUGCACGGAGAAGUCUGUUAUUCUUAUCAUGGAAAUUGAUCGUAAAGUAUUGCAAGAAAAGCCAAUCGCAUUUCUUGGCUAUUCUGAAGUCAGUGAUACUCCAGAAGAAUGCGAAAUAAUGCUACCGAUGGGAAUUGUGUUUCGUGUCGUAUCAUGCAGCAAACCGGACAAGAACGAUCAACAUACUUUGGAAAUUCAUCUGGUUCGAGGUGAAGAUGAGGCAAAACUCGAAGAACAGAUUCAUCAAUAUUCUCGUUUAAUACAAAUUAGUGCUGGUGGUCUACUUCUUGGAACAGAAAUUUUUUCGACAUUGGAAAACAAUGGUCAACAUUUUGAAAAAAUCAACCAAUCUGCAUUCCAUACGUCAAUAGUUGUAGAUGCUUCAACUGCUGAAGAUUUAUCGGUUGGAAUCAAUGAAAAUGGUCUAUCUGCAUCUGUAAGUUUAGAUAGUUUUUCUUGCAUUUCUGAAGAGAUUUCCUUAGAUUAG